AUGGCCGCCCAAAUCGUGUCGGCGUUCAAGGCGAUGCGCCGAUUAACACGCCGCCAACAACAAAGCGGCUCGAUAAAAUGCCGUGCCCCAACAAGCCGCACGAGCGCCACCCAGCAGACAAUCAGCAGAAAUGAUCAGUCCGGAGGGGCAAAGGUGAUUGUCGUGAGUGCACCGAUCAAGGAUGUGAACGUGUCGAGGGUCAGGCAUCGCUGCAGGGCCACCAAGGAGAAAAAGCAGCGCAAUUCAAUGCCCUGCUACACCUCCCUCGAGCAUUCCGUCGAUGGCUUCGAGGCGGAAAAACGGAAAUUACGAGCGAUGCAAGCCAAUAAUGGGGCCGACUCGGAUACGGACCUGCGCUCGGAGCGUGAGGGGUCCGUGGCGGCUGCGAUUUUGGACGAGAUGAGGGGCAAGGAUUCGAUUGUUGAUUGGAGUAGUGAGAAGGGCGGCCCCUCGAUCUUCCUCAACGACGGCCGAGAACCGCUGGUGUUGCCGGAUCGAUCGAUACUCGAGGAAUACGUCAAUAGAAAACGCGGCCGACUCGAGCGCCUCCAUUCCGAACCAAUACGCGAGCACGACGAAAAUCGAUCGGAGUGCGACUCGCCGUGCAAUUCCACAGCCUCGGAGUUCAUUCCCGCGUCGGCAGUGCGCGUCCACGAGCCAUCGUCCCGUGGAGUGCCGGUGAUCACGACUGCUCCACAGAAAUCGAGAUCUCGUAUGAGCAGUGGCGAGCCCCAAACCCCGACCACAAUGCUCGACACCCAACAGCCACCCAACAUCAACAAUUUCAACUCGACCCCGCAGGCUUUUCUCAGACAAGACCGACGCCCCAACCCUCGUCCAAUCCUCUUCAACGCCCCGCAAACAUUCGAUGUACCCAAGACACCGUUCGAGUCGGCUCUCCAAAAUCAGGCGAACCAAAUUGCUCGUCGCGCAUCGAUUGCGUCGAUUUCGAACUAUUCGGAUGUCGAGUGCCGUUCGGAGGCAGCCCCACUGCCGUCGAAUACCUCAGCUGCAGCCCAAUUCCACCGUCAAGGCAGUCAGGAUGGGGCUUCGUCAUCCAUUUCUUCCUCUUUCACAGCUGCCCUUGCUGCCAAUCAACCGACACGGCAUGAGAGAUACGCAGCGCAUAUCCCUGUUAAUAGAGGCGAUGGCUCGGGUCGGCAAAGCGCCAACAGUGUCGAUAGCCAGGCGAGUGGCGCCCUCGAGACGGCCAGCAAACAAUUGGACCAGGUCAUCGAUCAGGCCCGCCAUCGUCACCACCAACACCGCUCUCGUUUCAAGGAGGCCAUCGACUACUUGGAUCAGAUAUUCGAGGACCUGAAGAGAGAAUGUGACACCGGCGCACAGCAGGCACAGUCGGACGACGCGAACAACAACAGCAAAUCGUUGGCCGAUCCGGUGCCGCCGGCUCCGAUUCCGAUUGGCGAUAAUACUGGCACGCUGCCGAGUCAUAUACGACGAAUCCCAGCUGUCGUGCCCGAUCCGGCGCCAUCCAAUUACGCCACCCAAUCCCUGCCGAAUCGCACGGCUCGCCAUCGGCCACAACAGCAACAUAUCGCCUCCCCGGCAGAGCCAACUCGACGCAUCCAAAAGCCAGUGGAGCGGCAGCCGAGUAUCGAGGCUGAGAUUCCUGAGCCGAUCGAGUUGCCGAAAAAGCAGGACAAACUGGAUUUCACCCGGCGAUGGCUGCACGACGAUCUGUCGUCUUUUGGAAUGGCCAGCCCGGCACCGCUGGUUAUUGGACCCGAAAUGUCGACCCUGUACGCCGACGUAGAUGAACACUCACUGGGAAGCUGUUCAGCCGAAGUGGCGGCAAUCAAUGAAAAAGGAAAGACCAAGAAGAAGGAGAAAAAGAGCUCCUCGUCUUCUCACAGCAAGCCCAAGCCGCACGCCGACGUCAAGCCGGUCAAGCCACAGCCGCUGAGGCCACAACCACAGAAUGGCAAUGGAUUGCGCCAAUUUCCGGUUGAGAUAGAGGGAAAUACAGCUCCCCUGCUUCGAGUGGCCUCCUAUGAUCAUAUGGCCGAUCCACGGGAUGUGCAAGGAGGAGCGUGGCGGAGUGGAAGUCAGGAGCCGUACAACAAUUCCCUGACCCUGCACCCAAGUGAUCCCCGGCCCAGUCCAUCUGCCUUCCACAACGUCUCCCCAUCGGUGCAGAGAAAUUCAUUGCGAGGGAGCAUCAAAUCUCUCCCCGAUGCCGGCUCGUCCUCCCUCCACCGUACCCCUGAUCCUCCCUCGACUCAUGCUCCUCCCCUCCCUCCCCCACCUCGAGAUCCCGGGCUAGCCAUCGAUGCCCUCGUCGCCGAGCUCGAGCUCAACACCGAGGAGUCAGCAAUAGCGGAGAAGCGGAGAUCAUUCCCGACAGGUGGAGUGAUGCGGAACAAUGGGGAUAAUGGGUAUUAUGAAACGAGACGACAGAUUGGAGGAGGACAACAACUGAGGAGAGGCACACAACCUGUCGGAUACAGUAAUCAACCAAACCGUGCCAAUCUGGACGAUAUGGCGUCAAUGCUGACAAGUGUCGCCGAUGAGUUCUCUCUCGACCGACAACAAAGAGGAAAGGCCCCUCCACAACGCCAGAAUAGCGGCAACUCGAACCAAUCCUCCAUCUAUUCCAUCCCCCAUAUGCAUGCCCCGCCGUUUGAAACGAUUAAUAAGGAACGCAUCAACCCAUCCCGAGUGGAAGCCAUGCAAAACGUGUUUGAGACCAAAAACGCGGAAUGGCGCCGCGGCCCUCAGCCCUUCAAAAGCAGCCGAGAAGACGAGAAUUUCUACGAAUUCCCCGACAAUCAACAACCAACCGCUUUCACUUCACCCCGAAAAAAUUUUGACUACCCCCCACAACCCCAGCAACCACAUAGCCAACCACCAAAUGGACCGCCGAUGCAGAGGAAUGGCUCGGCCGGCUCAUCCCAAAAUGGUGGCUACUACUCGUCGAACAGCUCGGAUCAUCAUGUUGGCCAACAGGCACAUCAUAAUGGAGGACUCAUUCGAAGAGGAUCACUGCCUGGUGGGGCAUCAUCAUCAUCAAGGCGUCUAUCAUCACGGCAUCCAUCCAAUGAUGAUGAUGAUGGAUUUUAUGAUAAUAUUGCACAGUUUGAUGAUCGACGUUUCUCUCGUGGAAGUGAGGUAUUCGAGACGGGUUCUCUCAACAGGACAGCAUCCACCAAAAGCCACACCCACAACAAGAUUGGGUCAUUCUUCCGUAAAAUGGGUGGUGGUCGUCCCCCGGGUGCCGCAGCGAGUCUUGUCUCUCUCAACAAAGCCGGCAUCGAACCACAGAUUCAUUCUGGGGGAUCGUCUCUUCUGCUCAAAUCGGCCAGUCUCAGCCAAGAUCCGUGGCAUCAGCAUGUUAUUGGGGGAGGAGGAGCUGGAGGAGGAGGACGAGGACCAUCUAUGCCUUCAGGCGCCGACUCCUCAAAGCACCACGGCCUUGGCCAUCGCCUCAAAAACUCGCUUUUCGGCUCGAAAAAACGGCUCAACAUCCAC